UUUUAAACGGCGCUUAAAUAUAAUAAGCGACAAAUUAACCAAAAACCCGAUAUGGAGAAUGGAACUUGUGCCGAAUGUAGAGUUGCAAGAAAUGCAUUAGAUGAAUGUUAAUCAAUUUUUUGGAAGAACUACACAACAACCAUGUCAUUUUGUGUGCGACUUGCUCGCAGCAAACCUAUUCGUUUGUUAGGAGGUAUUGCAAUGAAAUGUUGGGCAUUCUCUGGGACUUACAUACUUGCCUGUUUUCUCUUAUAUUGGUUAUAUGGUGGAAUUUCUGCCUUUUUUCUCCUUUGUUUUGCAACUACAGGUAUAUUGUAUCAUAGAGAAGAUCAACUUGUAUAUCGUCCAGAAUGGCCAGCUAAUUCUAGAGUUUAUGUUCCUGCACCUUCAAUAUUUAAUUUACCUUAUCAAAGCAUAUAUACUAGAUCAAAGGAUGGUACCAUGUUACAUAUGUUCUUUAUUUCUCAACCAGAAGAUAAAGCAAAAAAGGUGCCUACAUUAUUAUUUCUUCAUGGCAAUGCUGGUAAUAUGGGACAUAGACUUCAGAAUGCGGUUGGAUUAUACCACAAUAUUCAAUGCAAUAUUUUAAUGCUAGAAUAUAGAGGCUAUGGAUUAUCGCAAGGUUCACCAUCUGAGGAGGGUUUGUACAUGGAUGCUUGUGCUGGAAUUGAUUAUUUGUCCAGUAGAACUGAUAUAAAUACAAGUGAAAUAGUUGUGUUUGGUAGAUCAUUGGGCGGAGCAGUAGCCAUCAAUUUAGCUACAAGACUAGAAAAUUUUCAAAGAAUUUGGUGCCUUAUCAUUGAAAAUACUUUUACCAGUAUUCCUGAUAUGGCAGCUUUGCUUUUUGGGGUAAAAUUUGUACAGUAUUUGCCACUCUUUCUGUAUAAAAAUAAGUAUUUGUCAAUUCUCAAAAUACGAUCAGUAACGGUACCUACAUUAUUUAUUUCUGGUCUGGCGGAUACAUUGGUGCCACCGCGUAUGAUGCAAGAUCUUUAUAAAAAUUGCAAAAGUUCGUGUAAAAAAAUACUCUCAAUUUCCGGGGGUACUCACAAUGAAACAUGGUGUCAGCCAGGAUACUAUCAAAAUAUAUGUAAUUUCUUAAAUGAGUUAAGAGAAAAUCCUGUUCAAGUAACAUCCAGUCAUUGGCAAAUAGAUGACAUAUAGUCAUACAGCUCAUUUUG